ACGGGCAUUACCGUAAAUAUGCAAGUAAAAGAGGUUAAACUGAUCUUAAUGCUUUAUAAAACCACAACGGUUGUAUGUAUUUUACACAUUACGGUAACAAGCCGCAGCCACUCGGCGUGCGAGCGACUGAGUUUGUUCGGCCUUCCCUCAACACAAGGCAGCAUCCCAUGAUUCAUUCAGCCAAACACAGACAGCACUAGACGGGCUAGACAACGGACACUCUUCCGAGCAAGGGAAUCAUAGGGCUGGGGGUCAAAAGUAAGAGGAGCAAGUGUCCCAUUGAAAGGAGGAACUAGCUAGCUAGUCAUGGCGGAGGUUGGUGAGGUUUUGAUGUCGGUUUUGUCCACGAUUCGGGUUCCGAAGCCCGGGGACCGUGUCCACAAAGACGAAUGCGCCUUGUCAUUUUCCUCGCCGGAAAGUGAAGGAGGUCUGUAUGUGUGCAUGAACAGUUUUCUUGGUUUUGGGAGUCAAUAUGUGGACAGGUACCAUGCCCGGACUGGACAGAGGGCUUACUUGCACAUCACCCGGACUCGCAAGCCUAAGAAAGAAGAUGACAGUAACUCUGGAUCGGGACACCCACCUAAGAAAAAGCCCACCAGAUUAGCUAUAGGGAUUGAAGGAGGGUUUGAUGUGGAGCAGGAACAGUAUGAGGAGGAUGUUAAGGUGGUCAUUUUACCUGACAGACAGGAAGUGACAACAGAGGACCUUGCUACCAUGCCUGACGUUGUAAGAGAGCGGGUGUCCCUGUCGAUGACGGGUAUCAUGGCAGCCGACUCAGUGUCUCAUGCUUUACAAGUUCAACAGUGGGAUGGAGAGGUGAGACAGGAGUCAAGGCAUGCCGCUGACCUUAAACAGCUUGACAAUGGAGUCAAGAUCCCUCCCAGUGGCUGGCGGUGUGAGGUGUGUGACCUCCAAGAGAAUAUUUGGAUGAACCUGACGGACGGAAAAUUGCUGUGUGGUCGCAGAUAUUUUGAUGGGUCCGGGGGCAACAACCAUGCCCUACUCCACUUCCAGGAGACGGGAUACCCAAUUGCUGUCAAACUCGGUACCAUUACUCCCGAUGGAGCAGAUGUGUAUUCAUAUGAUGAGGAUGACAUGGUUCUGGAUUCCAAGUUACCAGAGCACCUGGCUCACUUUGGCAUUAACAUGAUGACCAUGGAGAAGACCGAGCGAACGAUGACAGAGCUGGAGAUUGCUGUGAACCAACGUGUUGGGGAGUGGGAGGUGAUCCAGGAGUCUGGGACCACCCUACAGCCCCUAUUUGGCUCUGGUUUGACUGGCAUGAAGAAUCUGGGCAACAGCUGCUACCUCAACUCUGUCAUGCAAGUGCUCUUCACUGUUCCAGACUUCCAGAACAAGUACGUCUCCAACAUCGACAAGAUCAUUGAUGAAGCCCCGAGCGACCCCACCCAGGACUUUAAAACCCAAGUAGCCAAGCUCGGCUACGGUCUGUUGUCAGGAGAAUAUUCCAAACCAGCACCAGACCAUGGAGAUGAAAAUGCUGCGUCUGAACCUAGGGGAGACCAGAUCGGCAUAGCACCACGAAUGUUUAAAGCACUUGUUGGGCGGGGCCACCCAGAGUUCUCCACCAAUCGACAACAGGAUGCUCAGGAGUUUUUAUUGCACUUCAUAAACAUGGUGGAGAGAAACUGUCGCUCUGGGUCCAACCCAUCUGAAGCCUUUAGGUUCCUGGUGGAAGAGAGGAUUGUGUGUCAGCAGUCACAGAAAGCCAAGUACACGCAGCGGGUGGAUUACAUUGUUCAGCUGCCUGUGCCAAUGGACCAGGCUACCAACACAGAAGAGCUUCAGGAGGCAGAACGCCGGCGUGAGGAGGGCGACUCGUCAGCCCCCACAGUGCGUGCACAAAUCCCCUUCACAGCUUGCAUGGCGGCCCUCAGUGAACCAGAGAUCCUCGCAGACUUCUGGAGCUCGGCUGUUCAGUCCAAGACUACCGCUACUAAAACGACCCGCUUUGCCUCUUUUCCCGACCACCUGGUCAUCCAGAUUAAGAAGUUCACCUUUGGCCUUGACUGGGUGCCCAAGAAACUGGAUGUGAGCAUCGACGUUCCUGAUACUCUGGACCUGAGCGCGCUAAGGGCAACCGGCCAGCAGCAAGGGGAAGAGCUUCUACCAGAGGUGGCCCCGCCUCCACUCAUGACCCCAGAUGUGGAGGUUAAAGGUAUCCUGGGUUUCCAUGGCAACGAGGAGGACGACUCUCUCUACUCCCCACUACUGUCUCCAGUCCUUGAUGACUCUACUGUGUCCCAGUUAUGUGAAAUGGGAUUCCCACUGGAGGCCUGCCGGAAAGCGGUGUACUACACUGGAAACACUGGAAUUGAUGCUGCCAUGAAUUGGAUCAUGGGCCAUAUGGAUGACCCAGACUUUGGUUCCCCCCUGGUGUUGCCAGGCUGCAGCUCCGGCCCCGGGACCACACCCACAGAGAGCCUCUCUGAGGAGCACCUGGCAACCAUCGUCUCUAUGGGCUUCAGCCGAGACCAGGCAACUAAAGCGCUUCGAGCCACGAGUAAUGUCCUAGACCGGGCAGUGGACUGGAUCUUCUCCCACCUGGAUGACCUUGAGUCCAUGGAUGUGUCUGAAGGCGGUCGCUCGGCCGCAGAGAGUGAGGGUGGCAGGGAUCCUCCACCUGGACCUCGUGUCCGAGACGGACCAGGCAAGUAUGAGCUUUUUGCGUUCAUCAGUCACAUGGGGACGAGCACAAUGUGCGGCCACUACGUCUGUCACAUCAAGAAGGAUCAGCAGUGGGUCAUCUUCAACGAUCAGAAGGUGUGCGCUUCAGAGAAACCUCCCAAAGACCUGGGAUACCUCUACUUUUACAGGAGAGUGGCUGAAUAGACAAGGGAAUGCUACACUGGGGGGGGGGGGGGGGGGGGGGGGGCGAAGCUGAGUAAUGUAACACAAACACAAAGGACACCAUUCAUAGUCGCACCCCACCAAGUUCUUACAAAUGCCCUGGCAUGCUUCACAACUGAUAAAAGUGUAAAUAAAUCUGUCGGAUUUCAUAUAUACACGGUUACAUAAAUUGGUGCAGAUGAACAGAUAAGGUGUAAGAAGAUUUUUCCUUUUGAUCCAUUGAUUACAAAACAUGUUUAGAGAAUCAGAUUCAGUUAGUUACCUGGACAGCUAUGCUGAGUAAAACCAUUUGAAAUAUGUUUAAACACCUGUUCCAUGUUUUACUGAUUUUACCAGCAAUUUUAUCCAGAUAAUUUAGAAAAACUGCUUCAAUGAAACCGAAGGGUUCCUAUGUCCCUUCACUCUUCAUGUAACAGUCACCUUCGUCCACAUCUUGAAUAUUGAUUUCCAAUGCCAUCAGUAGUCACUGCCCUUUCCCAUCAAAAUGAGUGACUUCCACCCCCCCUCUUCUUUUAUUGGAUGGUUUCAGUUUGGUGUCACCCAUUUAGACCGGCACCAACUCCUCCUCCACCAGUUUCAGUGAGGAAGUUAAAAAAAAAACUGUUGAACAUCCAUGAAGAGCGGAAAUGUCAGAAAAAUCAAACAAAUAUAUAACCGCUCAAAUGUGUUUGACAAAAAGGAAAUAAAAAAUAAAGUCUAAACACCAAAUGUACUUGUAUUUUCUCUGAAGUAUGGCGAGGGUGAUAUCUGGGGAAUUUGUUUUAUUUUGUUUUUAUUUUGCAAACAAAUCCUUGUUACUUCUGCUGUGACAAAUAAAGAAUUGUCUUUCUGUCA